CGCGGGAUGUGAGCGCCUUGCGCCGGGGAGCUGGUGGCCGCAGGGGAGCUGGACUUUAGACGGAAUGGGAAAGAAGCAGGUGCGUCCUCCACGAGCCCUUCCACCUGCACCAAGUGCUGUUCAAGGUGAUAUUCCACUUAAUCGUCCUAAGAAAAAGAAGCCCAGAACAAAAAACACACUAGGUAGUGCUUCUUCAGAAGGCCUUGUUCAGACUACUGUCCACAGGCCAUCUGAGGACAGUGAGCCUCCAACUGAAGAACACGUAGAGCAGCCAGAAGCUCCUGCGCAAAGGAGGCAGAAGGCGGCGAGGCGACGUCCUGAAUUGGAGACUUCCUUCACCCAAAAGAGGACAUCUAGUCCAUCUUUAUUUCAAAAUGAAAAUGGUACCGAUAUGGAGCCAGCGAAGGAGGCAGUUAUUCAGAAACCUCGAAGGAAGACAAAGAAAACCCAGCCAGCAGAAUUACAGUAUGCCAAUGAACUAGGAGUAGAAGAUGAAGACAUAAUUACUGAUGAGCAAAGUAGUCCAGAGCAACCGUCUAUCUUCACCGCACCCACUGGCAUUAGCCAGCCUGUAGGCAAAGUGUUUGUGGAAAAAAGCCGGCGAUUCCAGGCUGCUAAUCGCUCAGAGUUGAUAAAGACCACAGAAAACAUAGAUGUGUCAAUGGACAUGAAGUCUUCCUGGACAACCAGAGAUGUUGCAGUUUCAGUGCACCGGGCUUUCAGGAUGAUUGGUCUCUUUUCUCAUGGCUUCUUGGCUGGCUGUGCUGUCUGGAAUAUUGUUGUGAUAUAUGUGCUAGCAGGAGAUCAGCUUUCUAACCUCUCAAACCUUCUGCAACAAUACAAGACCUUAGCGUAUCCAUUCCAGAGUCUUCUUUACUUGCUGUUGGCUCUAAGUACAAUUUCAACUUUUGACAGGAUUGACUUUGCGAAAACAUCAGUAGCAAUUCGAAAUUUUUUUGCCCUGGAUCCAACAGCUUUAGCAUCUUUCUUGUACUUUACUGCUCUUAUACUAUCUCUGAGUCAGCAAAUGACAAGUGAGAGAAUCCACCUUUACACACCUCCUUCUGUUAAUGGUAGCCUCUGGGCAGCAGGAAUUGAGCAACAGGUUCUCCAGCCAUGGAUUGUUGUGAAUCUGGUGGUGGCCCUUCUGGUUGGAUUAUCUUGGCUUUUUUUGUCUUACAUGCCAGGCAUGGAUCUUAGCGAAGAGUUGAUGUUCUCCUCUGAGAUGGAAGAAUAUCCUGGAAAAAAUAAAGGAAUCAAAGCUUCCUCAUAAUGCUAACUCACCUCCAGAGUAAUAAUGAAUUUUUGCUCUGUAUUUAGAACUUUUCCCAAUCUUGUUUUUAAAUGUAUUUUUCUAAGAAAUGUACAGAUGUAUUUGGAAUUGAUUUUUUGAUGAUACAAUAUUGCAAAUUUUCUCAAGAUAAUGUAAAAUGUUAAAAUUGUAUCUGCAAUUUAUACUAAAACAUUAACCUCCAUAGCAUUAUCAUUUUAAAUGACAAAGGAGAUAAUGAGCUAGAGACUAGUAGGUGAGAGUAUUUAUUUCCUGUUCUCUUAAUUUAGUUGCAUUUAUAAUCAUUAUCUUAAAAAGCACUAAUACAGAAAAAGCUUCAACUUUAGUAUUACAAAAUAUAUAUCAAGUUUAAACAUAAAAUUUAGGUAACAAGGAAUGGGGAGAAAAAGACCUUUCUUUAUUUUUAAUGUCUCCUUACUGAAUAAAUUGGAAUAUGAAAUUUUUCUUUUUUGAAACUGCCUUAGUGGUUGUUUAUCAUGUAGUAAGUAUAAUAUAAUUUAGCUUGUAAGAUGCUUUAAUAUUAAUAAAAAGGAAAUGUACCUUUUUCUUUUAAAAGUUUUACAACCAUGGAAGUUUAUUUCCCUUUGAAAACUCUACCAGUGGCCUCCUUAUCUGGUCACACAUCAUAGUCCUCUAGAGAGCUUUAAAAAAAACAUAUGCAGCAAAAGAGAAGCUGAAUGGGCCAAGAGCUCAGGGGAAUAAAGGAGAGGCCUUUUGAGCCUGUUGAGCUAGCACUCAGUUGACCUCUGCAGAGCCCUUUCCUCUGCCUCUUUUUUUACAUGACGAAGAAAUAUGAGUAGAAAUUCACCAUGCCUAUUCUCAAACUCUUGGUCAGAGAGGUAUCUGGCUCCUCAGGAAAACCCAGUCUUGAAGUGGGUCUUACACUGAAAUAAGUCUCUUCAGAGCUGUAUACAGUGGUGCCUCAACUGGUAUAAGACCCUAGGGCACAAGACAGUGGUAAGACUGCUGUGGAAAAAGGUGUCUCAAAGGCUCUUGAGCACAUCAGUAAAACUAUUGGCUUGAUUAGCAAUCAACUGAAUGUUGUGGAACGUAAGAGGACUGACAAAUUGGAUAGAGAUGGAUGGCUUUGAGAACAGGUCUAAAUUUGGUGUGAGCACUGUACCAGGAGUAUUUUGCUGUCUAUAAGGUUGGAGUUGCUGAAAAGGGGAUUCCGCUGCUGUCACAGAAUCGUGAAUGUGCUGGCAAUUCUGAAGUUAUCUUUCCUGUUCCAGCUUUCACUGUGAUCAGCCAUGGUUUUCUUGCUGGCAACA